UAUCCGGCAAUUAAAGGAAAGAGUCAACAACUUGAGAGAGAAACAUGAUCAAAUUUACAAUUUCACCCCACAUGAAGUUGAACCCGAGGUCAAUUGGUCCUCAACAAUCGAAGAGAAGCAGGAAAUCUUGAACAACAGGGGCUUUGGCACAGACCUGCCAUCAGUCAAUGGUCAAGUAGAAGAGCAUAACAUCUUCCACAAUGAGGUGAUGGCUAUUGGACCGCAUAUCAACAAAGAAGGUGAAAAGGAGAAUACAAGCGAGCUUCAGAUGAAGUACCAGAAACUGCUGUCGGAAUCCCAGCGAAGGCAAGAGAACCUGAAUCUAUUGCAAGAUUUUAUGCAGCGCUGCACCAAUAAGCUCUACUGGCUGGAUCAGCAGGCUAAGGACAGGUUGCAGUUUGACUGGAGUGACCAAAAUCUUGAUUACCUGAGCCGCCGUCGCCAGUAUGAAUUCCAAAAAGAUGCCAAGGACGCACAGGAACUUCUCAGAAAAGUAGACACAGAUCUGGACCAGAAGUACAGCCCAGAUUUCAAAGACCGGUACCAGAUCGAAUCUUUGUUGCAUGACCUGGAGGACCAGGACAAGGCCUUGGACAAGUAUGAGGAUGUGGUGAGCUCCUUACAGAAGCGUAGUCAGCAGGUUCUUCCGCUGAAGUAUCGACGAGAACCCCCUCUUAAAUCUAUUCCUGUGGAGGCCCUCUGCGACUAUGAAAAUGAGCAGGGUCAGAUUUCACGUGGUGGCCGGUACACUCUGCACAAGAACAACGAAGAGUACUGGGAAGUUAGCGACAAUGGAGGAAAUGCAAUCAAAGCUCCAGGGGUCUGUUUCAUGAUUCCUCCCACCGAUCCUGAAUCGCUCGCCGUGGUAGACAACAUUGCUAGUCACUAUCAAUGUGUGAAACAGAAGACCGGUUGCACAAAGAAUCGUCUGGAGGACCGCUACAAUAGCUUGAAGGCAGAGAGCAUUGGAGAUCCCAGGUCCUGCAGAAAGCAAAGUCUGCCUAUUCAAACUACCGUGCGGGCCAUGAUGGACUAAAACAUUAUUUUGAAAACAUCCCCAACUAUGAGCCUCAAGAAAAUGACCAACUUUCUCAGGUGGAAACCAAGUUGAAGAAACAACAGACACUUUUGGAAGAAAUUUCAAGCAAGGAUAAAGAAGUCCAGAAGGUCUCUGCAGAAGCUCAGCAGUAUCUACAGGCAGUGAAGGAUUAUGAACUAGAGGCAGAAAAGCUGAGAUCCAUCUUGGAUAUGGAAAGCGGCCGUAAUGGUUUCAUGAACAAGAGACCAAGAUUUCAGUCCACAGCGGUUAGAGUGAAAGAAGAGGAAGCUCUGCUGGCUGCCAGAUUCACCGAGAUCAACGCCAUCAAUAGGCAAAGGCUGCAGAACUUGGAGUUCGCUCAGACCUUGUUGAAACAGCAACCUGACCUCCAAAUGAUAGAGGAAUCCAUUCAGCUCAGCAAGUCUCAAAAGCCCUUAGAAGAGAUCUGGAAGUUAAAGAAGGAACUGGACGAUGAGACCCAAUCUCGGCAGCAUCUGGAGGAAGAGAUCAAAGUCAUCCAGCAGAACAUCUUCCAGCUGCAGAACCAGAAGCCACAGGAGAUUGUGCUCAGGAAGGAAGUGGUCAAGAAAAUGCCCGACCCGGAGCUGGAUGAGAACUACCACAAGAUGCAACAGAACCUGAUAGAAGAGCAGCGCAAGAACCAGGGGCUUCAGGAGGAACUGCAGUCCCUGAAGCAAAAGCUGGACAUCCUAGAGCAUGAGAAAAGAGAAGGUGGACAGGAGUAUGUCGUCAAAGAAGUCCUGCGCAUUGAGCCAGACAAAACCCAGGCAGAGGAGAUCUUGAAGUUGAAAGAGGAACUUGAAGAUCUCAAGAGGCAGGAAGGAAGCCGGCAGAACGAGAUGGCCCUUCUCCACCACCAGAUCGCAGCUCUUUCCAAUGAGAAGACCAGGGAUCAGGAGAGGGUGACUGAAAAGGCCAUUGUGAAGAUGCAAAACGAUCCUCAGCUGGAGAUGGACUACAAGCAGUUGCAGGAGAGUAAGCAGAGGGAGAGCAUGUUGAGGCACCAGCAAGAGGAAGAGCUGCGUUUCCUCCAAGACAAGCUGAAGCGGCUGGAGAGGGAGCGGGCCAUGGCGGAGGGCAAGAUCACUGUGAAGGAGGUGUUGAAAAUGGAGAAGGAUGUAGCGACAGAAAGAGAGGUGAAUGAAUUGCGGCGCCAGUACGAGGAAGAGAAGGCCAAGGCCCGCUCGAAUGAAAGAGAGAAAGGCGAGCUGCUUAGGAAGAUUCAGGCUCUGGAAGAGGAGAACGCCACGGUGAUUGUCCAGGAGAAGGUACGGGAGAUCAGCCGCCCAGAUCCCCAAGCUGAAAAUGAAGUGGCCAACCUCCGCUUCGAAGUGAUGGAGCAGGAGAGGCGAUACCUGGGUGGGGAAGAGCAGCUCCGGGCCUGCCAGAAUGAGCUGGCGACCCUGAAGAGCAGAGGGCCUCGGGUGGAAGUCCAAGAGAUCAUCAAAGAGGUCAUUAAGUACAAAACGGACGCAGAAACCGAAACGGAGAUGCAGCGACUCAGAGAUGAGAUUGUAGAUAGGACCAGAGCCAUUGAGAGAGCAGAUCUGGAGAUCUAUAAGUUGAAGCAAGAAAUCGAGACCCUGAAGGAAACCAAGCCUCACAUCCAAGUGAAGGAGGUCCUUCAAGAGAUUCUGCAGUACCGGGAAGACCGCCAGACAAAAGAAGAAGUAGAGUCCCUGCGAGCUCAGUUGGCUGAGGAGCAGAAGAAGCACAUGGACUUGGAGAGGGAAAAGAAGCAACAGGAGGAAAUCAUCAGGCAGAAGGAGGAAGAGCUCUCCCAGGUGAGGGAAAAAGUGGUGAAGCAGGAAGUGGUGAAGCUGGAACAAGACCCUACCUUAAAAUCGGAGAUGAACACCUUCUCGCAGAACAUUGAAAAUGAGCUGCAGCAAAUAGACUCGCUCCGGAGUGAGAUGCGCAAGCUGCAGCGGAGACGGUCACAUCUGGAGCGCCAGAUGGAAGGCCUGGAGAAUGAAAGGAAGGCCCGCCGAGAGGCGGAACUGGAGGUGCAGAGGCUGAAGAUCAGACUGAGCGAGCUGGAGCAACAAGAGAAGGACACAGCCGAAAAAGUCACCGUGAGGCAAAAGGUGAUUCUUCAACAAGACCCUCAGCAGGAGAAAGAGCACAAUCUACUUAAGUUGGAGCUGGAAGAGGAGAAGCACAAGAAGCAAGUACUACAAACGGAACUGGAAGGCCUGCGGAAGAAACUGCAGGCCCUGGAGAAGAUGGAGGUCAAGGAAAAAGUGGUCUUUUCAGAGAGCGUCCAGGUGGAGAAGGGAGACACCGAGUAUGAGAUCCAGAAGCUGAAAAACAGCCUGGACGAGGAAAGCCGACGGAAAAUGCAAAUGGACUCCGAUAUCAACAGGUUGGAGGCCAAGCUUUCCGAAAUGGAAUUUAGCAACUCCAAAUCUUCCAAGGAGUUGGACUUUUUGAGGGAGGAGAACCAUAAGCUCCACAUAGAAAAACAGAACCUUCUUCUGGAGAUGAGGAGCUUGCAGUCAGAAAUCGAGCUCACGGCGAUGGAGGCCCAGGAUCUGAAGAGCAUGGCCCAGGUAGAUCGACGUAUCAAUCUCGAUUCCAGGUUCCACACCUUGGAGAAGGAACUGGAAGACCUGAAGAGGCUGUCGCGAGAAAAAGACGAGGAGAUCGAGCAGCUUCAAAAUCGUCUCCAGACCGUCGCUAUCAAGAGGGAGCAGCGGGAAAACCACCUCAGGCGCUCGAUUGUGGUCAUCGACCCGGACACAGGGAAGGAGAUGACUCCAGAAGAAGCUCAUCGUUAUGGCCUCAUUGAAUGGGGCUUGUUCGUCAAGUUGAAAAGCCAAGAAUGUGACUGGGAAGAGAUCACAGUGAAAGGGCCUAGUGGUGAAUCUUCGGUCAUCUUGGAUAGAAAGUCAGGGAGGAAAUUCUCCAUCGAAGACGCCAUGAAGCGUGGAAGAUUAACGAUGGGGCAGUAUCAAAGUUACCUCAACAAGGAGAUGUCUAUUCAGGAGCUGGCUGUUUUGGUAUCUGGACAAAAAUAACCGCUUCUCUCUCAAGCUGCCUAAGCAAAACUUAAUUUUUUUAAGCUGGUCCAGAGGUUGUCUCGUUACAAAUCCAGAAGUUUUACUAUUUAAUGCUUCCCUCAGUUCUAUCUGCCAAAGCCUCCUGUGUCUUUAUUCAACAUUUGGGUGCUCUUUAGAUUCUAGGUCACACGCAUCAAUCUUUGCCCCAAUCGAAAAGGCCCUACUCCUGCAAUUUAUCAAGUUGCUGUUCUCCAAACUAUGAUGGAGAGAAGUAGAAUCUAUCCAGCAUUUCUCCAGUCUGGAUGAUCAAGCCACAUAUUUCAGUUUGGCAUCUCAAGAUUCUGUGGACUAUAAAAUCCUGUGAAAUGGCUUCAGUGUCGAACUGAAAUCUGGGCCCCUUCCCAUCGCCAUAAAUUUGGAAUUAGAUGGCCUUGAGUGAACGCUUUCCAUUCCUCUUUCCUGCAGCAUGGAGAGGAUUCUAUUUUACAUUUUGGAAUGAUUUUAAAAUUAAUGUAGCGUAUGAGAAACUCUUAAAGCACUUUAUAGCAUUACCUAAAACCUUAUUACAAUUGCAUCAACUGGUUUUGUUUCCUCUGGAGAAUACUUCCAAGUUUAAGAAGUUAUCCAAAGGAAGAGAAGGGUGCAUGGUAGGUGGGCAGCAGAGGCUUAAUAAUCUUUCAUUGAAACGGGACAAGAGAAACGGGGUUGAACGUUAAUGAGCUAGCAUUAAAACACAACGUGGAAGAUUUGCAAGAAUGAUGCAAUCGUACCACGAUCCAACUAGCAUCUUGUCACGCUGGAUCUUGUCUUUAUAAAAAGAUUAUCUACAUGAUAUGGGAGUGGUCAAACUUUUAAGGCAGUAAAGAUGUAUGUAUAUGCCUGUUUGAUGAUGGGUGUUUAUCCUGUGACUCAGAUUAUGUAGAGAGGUUUCUAAUCUUUUAAAAAAGGGGGGGAGAUUAAUAGAGAAUUAUUACCAAUUCAAGUGCCUUUAUUUUCCCCAAAGUCUCACUUAUAAGAUGCAUGCACUGUUUUGCUGACUUAUAUUUGACUGUAUGUAUUCAAGCUAUUCGUUGGAGAAGGGAAAUGGGAAAAGUUAUUUAUACCCCUCAAUUAUAAUAAAGAAACGAUCUAAAUUGA